AUGAAGAAGCUUUGUCCCAAUCUUGAUCGCGAGGAUGGGCUCGAAACCGUGCUUGAGGUCCCUAUUCCAGAGGAGAUUCUCACUCACAAGAGUGGAACCACCAAAGCUUGGCACAACAUGAAGAACUGGAUGAAGCCUCACGCUGAGUCCCGAUCAAAUUCACCAUCCAUGGCAGCAGUUUUUGGAGGGAAAAACACAGAGAUUCAGCUUUUGUUAGGUGUUGCUGGAGCGCCAUUAAUCCCUUCACCUAUCACCUCUGACAACCAACCCAUCACUCGUAGCAUUAAAGACCAACACAUUGAGGUUUCGAUGGCUAAAUACAUAGUGAAGCAGUAUGUGGCGGCGGUGGGAGGAGAACGUGCUUUGAAUUGUGUGGAUAGCAUGUAUGCGAUGGGGCAGGUGAAGAUGGCGACAACAGAGUUUUCUUCUGGAGAAGGGAGUGGGAAUAAUAAGAAAGUGGUGAAAGUGAAGAACUUGCAGAUGAAGGGAGAGAUGGGGGGGUUCGUGGUGUGGCAGAAGAGGCCAGAGUUGUGGUGCUUAGAGCUUGUGGUUUCUGGCUACAAGAUCAGCGCCGGGAGUGAUGGUAAAGUGGCAUGGAGGCAAACCCCUUGGCACCAUUCUCAUGCUUCUCGUGGCCCACCAAGACCUCUUCGACGUUUCUUACAGGGUCUUGAUCCAAGGUCCACGGCUAAUUUGUUCAGCAAAUCUAUCUGCAUUGGAGAGAAGACAGUGAACAACGAAGAUUGUUUCAUAUUGAAAUUGGAAACCGAGUCCUCCACACUGCAAGCAAGGAGCAACAGCAACGUAGAGAUAGUUCGGCACACGGUGUGGGGCUAUUUCAGUCAAAGAACAGGUUUAUUGGUUCAACUAGAAGAUUCCCACUUGCUCAAACUCAAGUCUCACGAACACGAGAGCAUAUACUGGGAAACCAACAUGGAGUCUCUCUUACAAGACUACAGAACCGUGGAUGGCAUUCAAAUAGCACACGCUGGCAAAACUUGGGUGUCUUUGUUCAGGUUUGGUGGGGGGCCCGAGACACAAUCCAGAACACGAAUGGAAGAGGUUUGGCAAGUUGAGGAAGUGGACUUUAACAUCAAAGGAUUGUCCAUAGAUUGCUUCUUGCCUCCUAGUGAUUUGAAGAGAGAAGAAGAGAAUGAAGAUGAAGCAGAGUGUGGUGGUGGGGUGGUUGCAAACAAUAAUGCCAAGUUACCCUACAAGAUUCGUUCGGCUUCUUUUAGGAUUAGUGCUUCAAAAGUUGCAGCUGUGAACUUGGAUGAUUCGUGUACCAGCGAGAGCGAUGAAGAUUUGUAA